AUGUUCAAUAAUACGCGAAGGAUUUUUAUGCGCAACUAUGAUAGUCCGUGUAUUUUUGUUGUUGUGGUUUAUUUUGUGAUCAUUUGUGGAUGGAGCUUUUUGAAAGUGAGUUUGUCUCGAAAAAUAUCUUUGAACUUGGAAGUUUUUUUUCUGAAAAUAUGAAAAAGAGUUUCAUUGCUCAUGAUAAACUCAAAAAACAUCUCAUUUUUCCGUGAAUAAAAAACCACCAAUUUUUCUACCUCAAUAACCAAUUUCAUCCACGCCUCACUUCAUUUCACGAAAAAAACAAUUGUUUCAUUUUCCCGUAUCUGAUUGAAAAGGCGAAGAAAAAGUUGCAUAAAAAACAAGUUUCAAGUCGAGAAAACAAAAUAAAUCUUCGCUUCUCGAGAUUUGAAUCUCACUUCUCGAAAAAACUCUCAAUCAAAUAAGCAUGUCUUGAGGUAUUCAAUGAACCGCGAUAUUGGAGACAAAGGAAUAUUAUUGAGAAAGUUGAUGAAUUGUCGAGGAUUGUGAGUUGGAUUGGGGGGAGGGGGGGGAGGGGGUUCAAAUUAAUUCAGAAGUUCAAGAUCUGUUUCUGAAGCUUAGGAGGUUUGUUGGAGAGAAAUGUUAGAAUAAGUUCCAUUUUUUUUUCGAAAAUCUAGGAGGUUUCAAAUUUGUUUUUUUUUAGAAGUUUGAGCUCUGAUUCUAGAUUUAAAAAAAAAAUUAGCAUAAUCUAGAUAAUUUCAGGUGUGUCAGUAUUCUAAUUUUUCUUAAAUUCAAAUCUCUGAUCUGCUGGUUUAUGAUCUUUCUGGCUAGAAUUUUAAUCAAGGUCCCAAACCUAGCCAGAAAUGCCCCUAGAUUUCAAGCUGAAUCUGGUCCCAAACCUUUUGAAUCUACUUCUAAAUCUGAAUUUCAGAAUUCCAGUAUUCCAAAACAUUGCUCUUUUAUUUCUCACGCUUUUUAGAGCUUUCCAAAUACCUUCAAAAUCUUCCAAAAUUCCCAACCUUCCUAACAUAUUUCAGAUGUCUCUUGAACGAAUCAACGAAAAUCCAGAAUUCGAAAGAUUUUCACGAAGUUUACAACUAUUAUCAAAUCCAGGAUAUGUGAUAUUUUACGAUUCCUCAAAUCUCGACAUAACUUAUAAUCAUAUUUGCAACCUGAAAUCAAUGCCAAACAGUUUAUCUCGUUUAGCGGCCGUUUCUUUCGACAAAAAAGCAUAUGAAGAAUUUGAUGAAAAGUAUCCAGAAAUACCGAAUGUUCUGAUUGAUUUGGAUGAUAUCAAAAAUUCGAUGCCCGAAAAUUUGGAGAAUCGCAAAUAUAUUUUUUAUCAGAUCAUUUUGUUGGUGAGAACACGGAUUUGUGCCGCGUUGGCAUCACGGGGUAUUGAUUUUUGGGCAAUGCAACAGGAUACACUUUGGAUUGAUAAUUUUUCGUCGAUGGAUUUGGAACAUCGAUAUCCGAAUGCUUUGAUGUUAUUUGAUACGGUUGGAAAUGAUUUAGUGAGUUCUUUUUUUGAAACAUGAAAACACUGGUGAAAAAUACGUUUCAAAAAAUGAAGAUAUAUUUUUGGGGAUUUUGAAUUACGAUGGUUGUCGAAGAACUUGUACAAGCUUAAUCUUGUGAGAAAUUCAGGUCUAAUAUACUUAUCUGAAAAAAAUUUUGAACUUGGCUCAAGUAGCUUUCUUAAAAUAAAAUUUUUGAAAGUCUAGAAAUAUGGAACUUAGCCUUAAAUUUAGCCUUAAUUUUUUAUUUGAAAAAAAAUACCAAAAGUUUGGCCUGGUCUAAUUCAAAACAGCUUCUGGAUUCAAAAUUUAUGUUUCAAUGAACCCUACUCAAAUCCAGGUUAUUUCUGAUGAAAAACUUCAAAAUCUAAAUUCGCAUCUCAUAUCAAAAAUAAAUCAGAAAAAUACAAUUUUCGCGCUAAAAAUUCUGAUUUAAAAUUUGCAUAUCUUGGUUUCUCAUCAAUCCCUUUUCCCAAAUCAGAGAAACCGGGUUUCAAAAUCAAAAAUAUUAAUUUCAAGAUUCCCGAAUAUGAUCGAAUGCGUGGUUGGAUUUGUGGAUCGACGUUUUUUGUGCGUGGAAAUCCGACAACUUUUCAGUUUUUUUCGCAGGUUUUUUUUUGAAUUUUUUUUCCAAGAUAGAUUUUGUGAAAUUGACAGAUUGACACAAUGAUGAGAACGAUGCAAAGUCCCGAUUCAUCAAUCAUGACGUAUUUGUGUGGACAUCGACAAUACAAAUGUCAAAGGUUGCCGAGAUGGUAGGAGACGAUUUUUCAGAUUUAGAAAAUGUGGAAUAGAAAAUUCAGAAAUUUUCUGAAAAAUUCAAGGGGAUUUCUAAAAAUUGGAUUUUUUUUUUUGCCUGAAAAUAGUUAUGACGUGGAUAUUGACUACAGUAAUCUCUUUUCGAUACAAUUUUGGACAGCUGAAAAUGAAUUUUUAAGCUUAAUUAAUUAAUAGAUUCAAUCAAGCCUUUUAAUUUUUCAGAAAAUUCUAUUCCAAGGUUGAACACAUCUAAAAAAAAAUUUUUUAGAAACCUCUAAAAUUUCAGAACUUCAAAAAAUGCACCCCCAAAAUUCCCCCUCCCACCCAAAUCCAACAUUUUCCACAGGAUCAUCUCAUCAUCCAACUAUUUCCUCGGACCUCGCGCAAAUGUUCCAGUUCUCGUCCAAGUCGACACCGAUUCUCGCGAGCUUUCGAAAAGAGAAGUUUUCCAAAAUUCCAAGUUCAUUUUCCGAUCAUCGAAUGGAACUUGUGACGAGAAAUCAGUGCGGAAAUUGAGGUGACUUCGAUUAUUUUUGUAUUGCUCAUAUUAUUAGAAUAUUUUGAUUGUUUUCAGAUCUGCGGUUCAAGAAGCUCUACCAAAUUUGAUUCGAACCAACAUAGAUUACACGGAAAAAAUCUAUAAUGUUUGGAAAUAUCAACUAAAAUCGAUUUUCAACAAAGAUCCGUAUAAUAACAAAUUAUUCCUGACUGUUCAUUAUGGCUUAAUUUAA